UUCUGUCCUUCUUCCUGUGUUUCCGCAGUGAAUGAGUAUGUGUUCAUGGUCCAAGCCAGAGGGAUCCAGAUCAGAGAGAACGUGAAGAACAUCGGGGCUCAGGUUCUAGAGCAGGUGGUGAGAGGGGCUUACAGCAACAAUGGCACAGAUUAUGUCUAUGACUUCAACAUGAGUGAGAGUGACGGUCCUCCCCCCACAUACCUCCCAGAGGGCUUUACCUACCUCCCUUCUCAGGUUUGCCCUCAGAGGCUGUCCUCCAUGAAGGGCAGGCUAGAGGUGAAUAUGAGUGAAGUGUCUUUGGAGGAUGUGGAGAGGCUCUUGCUGCAGGGAGAGCCUCAGAUGGCCCCAGGAGGCUACUGGAAGCCCAAAGACUGUGUACCUCGCUGGAAGGUGGCCAUCCUAGUCCCAUUCAGGAACCGACAUGAACACUUACCCAUUCUGCUGCGACACCUGGUGCCAGUGCUGAAAAAACAAAGACUCCAGUUUGCCUUUUAUUUCAUAGAACAGGAGGGCACAGAGCCAUUUAACCGAGCCAUGUUGUUCAACGUGGGCUACACAGAGGCCAUGAAGGACCUGGACUGGGACUGUCUUGUCUUCCACGAUGUGGACCACCUCAUGGAGAAUGACAGAAACUACUACGGGUGCACAGACAUGCCCCGACACUUUGCUGUCAAACUUGACAAGUACUCCUACAUGCUUCCGUAUCAUGAAUUCUAUGGUGGUGUCAGUGGCCUGACGGUGGAGCAGUUCAAAAAGAUUAAUGGAUUUCCUAAUGCAUUCUGGGGCUGGGGAGGAGAGGACGAUGACCUCUGGAACAGGGUGCGGUUUGCCAACUACUCAGUAAGUAGACCGCAUGGAGACCAGGGACGCUAUAAGUCAAUUCCACAUCACCAUCGUGGGGAAGUCCAGUUUCUAGGAAGAUAUAGUUUACUUCGCCACUCAAGGGAGAGACAGAAAGUGGAUGGUCUUAACAACUUAAACUACUCCCCCAUAGUGUCCAGGAGGCCUCUCUUCACCAACAUCACGGUCAGCUUGAGCAGAAAGCUUGCACCCAUAGAUGACUACUGAUCUAGGAUCAGCUGGACUGCAAAACACCUGGGAAUCAAAGUCCUCCGGGACAUCAGCCAUAUCUCACCAGUUGCAGCACUGCUUAGGACUUUUAAGUUUAUUGAUUCUUUGCUUUAUUUCUUUGUUUGUAUGCAACAAAAAAAGGAGACUCAAAUAAGUAUGUUGGAUAAAUGAUAUACAGAAUCAAGGAUAAAUGCUGCACUUGCUUGUGCCACAGUCCAUCACUCCUCUCAUCUCGGCUUAUCUAGUGUUCAGUCUCCACAUGCCUUUUGCACCAUUUUGGCCUUCAGCAUCCAUUCCUUCAUUCAUAUCUUUUUCAGUUAACUAUGAGCUCAGCCCUACAUUAGUGUGCUUGUUUAUCAUAAUAGGCCAUGAUACAUACACACACACAUACUCACGCAACACUUAAACGUGCUGACCUGGUCCCUGAGGCUUUUCUUUUUUCUUUGCUCUUGCACUACGGUACUUAUUUUCAGAAAUAAAGUAAGCCUGUGAAAUCAUUUGCAUGCACACACGACCACACAUCAACUUUUAAUCAGAGUGGACUCCUGCAGCUGGUACUGCAGAAGGUUUGCCAAAUCUGAAAAGAAACUUAUAUUAAGCGUAAGUGUUUUCUUUCAUGUAAACUGUAUGUGAAAUAGUUUAUCCUAACUUUCGAGAAUAUGAAUACCUUUAUCAUCUCUCAUGAAUUUAAUUUUGUCUUGUGAACGUACCAUUUGAAGACUGUAACGUUAGUGUUUGCAUAGUUGCAUUGGAUGUUCUAGCUGCCUGCAAGUGGCUGUAUGUUCAUCCUGUUAGCAAUAAGCUGUAAUAUCAGACAGCAGAACUUACACCUGACUUCCUCCUGAUACAGAUGCAAUAGCACGGAUGCUAGCAUGCCCUUAUUGGACGAUAGAAAAGGAGUGGCUGUGUAUGCAAACUUCACUUUCACAACAUCUUUGCCUAAGCAAACAUGCCAUCCUUGUCAGUGUGUUUGUUUGUGCUUGUUUAUAGGGUAGGGAGAGCUAUGCAAAUGGCCUGUAUGUUUCCUAUUGUCAGUGUAAGGUCUUCAGGGUGACCUCCAGGAGGCUUCAUCCCUGAAACUGUGACUGACUGACAUUAGACCUCACUUUGUGUGCUAAGUGCUAGUCCAAGCCAGGGAGAGAUAAACAGUUGUUAUUUUUAGAUCCCACAUCCUUGAUGUUGACUCACCUUCUUUCUUUUACAAAAGAGAAUUGGUGGUAGAGAAUACUUGAUUGCGGUCACUCUCACUUGUGUUUACAGAGGCUUUCGCUUUUGUUAUUUUUCAGAUUGUCUAGUGUUUGUUAUACUGUUAGCCAGCCCUGCUUCACUUUGGGUGCUGUGAGAACUGUAUCUCUUCAACAACUAAUCUGUGGCUGCCUUUAUUUUUUUAACUGAUACUUCAAUUCACUUUUCUAGACAUGGCUAUAGAAGAGCAGAUCUGCUUAUGUUAGAUGUCUCGUGAUAAACCACUGAUUAGCUUUGUUUGCGCUUCUUUGAGUCAGGCUUCGGCCAGUGUGAUUGUAAGUAAAUCAAACUUCAGGAUGUUGGUUUCAAGUCAAGUUUUCCAGUUGGUAGCAUGCAGCCUAACACUGUGCAUUGAGACAGACUUACAGCACUCUGGCAGUACAUAGCAGUUGCUAAAAUGUUGCUUCUCUAAUUUGUUAGUUUGACAGUGUUGAUUUUGAGUAAAAUAUCCCAAUACUGUAAACGUAGUUCCUUUUAAAAUAAACUAAGAAAAAAAAAAACAUGCAGACACUCUACUCACUGUCUGUCCUCUGGUCAUGCAGCUACUUCAUUUCACACAAAUCGCCUUGUAUGCAUUUCUUACGAUGUAUCUUUUGGGGGAAAUGUGGUUAAUUGACAAACUGUGUUUCCACAAUGAAAUAAGAAGUAAAGAGGCUGGACCUCAUUUUAUUUAUUUGAUCUUUUAUGGAUUAUUUUCUGUAAUUGUUUUUUUUUUGUCUUGCGGUUGAUGUGAUGAUUUAGUAGGUGACAAAAGACAGACUGUGUUAGAUGCACUGAAACUUGCAGUUAUGUGUAUUUAUGUGGGAUUGUGAGGCACAGGUCUGUGUAAAAGGGGAGAUGUUCCAUUUCAUUUAGAUGCGGAUUUACUCUCCAGAAAUGAAUAGCUGGUGAGAUAGAACAGGACCUGUAGCCUGGUGUGUAUUAAUCUGCUAGACAGACGGGUUUGAAGAGGCCAUUUUGUGUGACAACCACAGGAAGAG